CGUCCCUCCCGGUUUCCAAUGCUUGUCAGAGCAGACUUUGGCCCUCUAUAUAAUACGGGAAGUCUUGGUUGGAUGUUGUUCUAUGGCCGUCACUCAGACCUUAAACAUGAAUAAAUAAACACAAGAACAACCUCAGAAGACCUAUAUAUAGAAACUGUUGUCCAUGUAUCUAGUGGUUGAUAUCGCUGAAGAUGUCGGGGAGAAGCAGUCCCUUCGGCGACAACACCAACAGCUAUGCCGGAUCAAUUCAAUCAGAUAGAUCUGGCAAUUCGGAUGACGGAUCACAAGUAUCCAAUCUGUCCAGGCCAAGUGCAAGAUCCAUCUACUCACAAAGGAAGGAGUAUGCAUCCUCUAUAAACAAGAUCCUGGACAAGUUUCAGUACAGAGUGGAGCACCUGAUCACCUGCGAGUUGGACGGCAAGGAGCUGCAAGGCGUGGCGGACUGUGUGGAACGCCUGAAUCUCCUGGAAGGCAUGGGUCGUGUGUGGGGUCAGAACAUGUUCCUGGAGGUCCGAGGGAGCGAUCUGCACCUCUGCGACAUCGAGACCAGGGAGGAGCUGGAGUCCCUCCCACUGAACAGCAUCGUGGAGCUGCGGGCGGUGAUGGACAGCGAGGUGUACCACUCCCUGCUCACCAUGUGCGUGAUGGUGCGGAGGACCAGCAGUGUCUUCCUGUUCCAGUGUGAUGAACUCAAGGCUGACUUCAUCAAAAAGGACCUAUCACGGGCUCUCUUGCGCAGCCAGAAGGAAAAUUACAGCGCCCAUCCAGUGCCCAUGGUCCCUAAACACCCGAUAAGGCCCAGCCCGACCCCUCAACCCAGGAACUGGAACCCCCCAGAGGAUCCUGUGUCAACGUGGAGUAGCCCAGACUACGGAGAAGAAAGCAAUGCUGGUACUCCCGUACCGCCCAGAGAGGAAUACACCCAAAGGGUUCGAGAGAGGACCCCAUCUCCACAGCCCUCCUACACCUCAGAGGAAGAGCUCCCUCAAAUCUUGCCAUACACAGAGCGGGACAGGAACGUGGAUAUCUUGAAUCACAUCUUUACUGAUCUGGAAAUCUUCAUGGGACAAAUCGCUGCAUCGGAGGCCAAACAUGACAAGAAGAACAAGAAGAAGUGGAAGAAGAAGACGAAGAAGAAAAAAGCCCUUGAGGGCAUGCCCCCUGUGGAGGAGUUUUUCACCUGUCUACAGAAGAUCAAGUUUGGCUUCAACCUUCUGGCGGAACUGAACGGAAAGAUCAGCGAUCCCAGCGCCUCUGACUUUGUCCACAACCUCUUCACCACCCUCGCCUUUGUGCAUGCUCGCUGCCCGCCGGACCUCUCCAGCACGGUGGUGGCCCCCCUGCUGACCCCUGAGUGCUUCCGGCUCCUGAGCGAGGAGGCCAACACUGAGGAGGACGCGCUGUGGCAGUCCCUGGGAGACCCCUGGAACAUCCCCAGUACAAAAUGGCCGGAAGACGACGACGACAUUCCCACUUACACCCUGGCGUUCCUGGACGGCUGGCAGCCCCCCGAGGUGUCGGAGGGGAGUCCUGCAGUCCGGCCUGCGAAGCGCAAGGCCACCCCCCGCCCCGCCCCGGCCCCCGCCGCCCGCCCCGCCCCCGCAGCCAGCCCCGCCCCCAGCCCCGCCCCCCGCCCCGGCCCCAGCCAGAAACCGGCUCAGCGGAAGCCACCCCCUCCAGAGAGCGUUUUCAUGUUGUGUAUCUUGUCACGAGUAAUGGCCACGUGGGUUGUUUUCGGUUGCAGCCAAGAGGAGCCGGAGCCGGAGCCCAGGCACAUGCGUGUCGUGUACGACUUCACCGCAAGAAACGCCAAAGAGCUGAGCAUCACCAAGGGAGAGAUAGUCAAUUUACUAGAUUCGUCCAAGAAGUGGUGGAAAGUGAGGAACACGAGUGGCGAGCAAGGGUUCAUACCCAACAACGUUCUGGAGCCUCUGGAGACGGAGCCGUCGGAGAUUAACCCUGAGAUGGACGAGUUCACUGGUCCCCCUGUUCUAACCAAGAGGUCCAAGCCUAAAGAUGUCACUGCAUGGCUGGAAUACAGAGGCUUUAGUAGAAUCACGGUGCGGUGUUUAGGACCGCUAAGUGGCUCCAUGCUGUUGGGCAUGUCGCGAGAGGAACUGAAGAAGGUCUGUCCCGAGGAGGGAGGCCGGGUCUUCUUCCAGCUGCAGUCAGUCAAGUCUUCUCUCGCGCUUGAGAGCGAGAUGCGAAAGGCAUCAAUGGGAUAGGAUAUGGAAGAUAUCCGCUGCAAAACAACUGGAAGACUUUUUAAUUUUUCUCGCAGUCAUGAGCCAUUCGAUUGCACAACCUCCAACACACAGCCAUUAUCAAUAGAUCAAUGAAUGAUCUAACUUUAGGGCAUGUUAUAUUAAAAAGGUCGACAUUCAUUAGGGGUUUGAGGCUUUUCUUUUCACCGUCAGAUGUGUUUGAACUAUUAUGUUGCCUUCUCUGGUAGUGAGAAAUGUAGCCCUAAUUCAUGAAAAACUGUAGAUAUGUAGUAAAAUAACAGUUAAUAAUCCUAAAUGAAUAAUGCAAUGUGAAAAGUCUUGUUGAAAUCAUCUACAUUAAAAAAGUGUAUCAUUCAAAAUGUAUAAUUCUAAGUAUCAUGUAAUAUAUGCUAUACUAAAUUGUAUAUUUUACUAUCAGAGUAUUGUAAUAUCCAUGGUCUACUACUAUAAACUAUUUAAAUAUAAUAUUGAGCAGAAGUCUAUUAAUUGUAUCUAGGUCAACCAUUCACUCUUAAAUAAAAGUCCAAGCUUUGGUAUUGACAGAGAGAGCUAUGUAUGAUGCAAAUAUUCAUUGACUAAACAUGCUUUAUUUCAUUCCUCGGACAUUACACGUCAACCAUACCAGAAGCAUGUCACUUUAUAAAACAUUGGCAAUUAUAGUCAGGCCUUGAUGAUAAAACACGAAACACAUAGGCCUAAUACAAAUCUAGGCAUCGUUUCCUGUCAACAAGAAAAAAACAAUAAUGUUCGAAAAUAAAGAUGCGUUAUGAAAAAUGCUUGAUUAACAAUUUUUGUGAGCAUAACUGUACGUUCACACCAAAAGCUGUAAAAGAUGCAAAAUCGCAAAAUAGCUCAAAACGCAACGCCGUCCAAAAUAUUUACA